AUGGACGUGCACAGAGUUCAGAAUUUCUUGUUCACGAGGAGUGAAGUGAAAGGUCGCUCGAAAGGUAACGCAGAUUCGCCAGAAACGACCUCUUCUUGCACUUCGAUUCACGAGAGAGAAACACAGACGAGACUGUCGCGGUGGAGGCAGGCAGAGAAAGAAAACAAAAAGCGAGAGGAAAGGGGGUGGCCAUGCAGUCGAAACGCUCUCAACUCGCCAGGGCGCGCAGUCCCGAGCUUCUCUUGCGUACACCUAUCAGUUGGAAUUUCAAAGAAGGAAAACGUUCAGGGAAAGGCGAAUAAAGAAGACAGCACUGGAAAAGACACACGGUUAGCGCUCGUGCAAGUCGCUGUGCCUUGUCUCGCGAACGGGAACUCUCUCUUUCGGCGCAACUUGUCUUGCGAGGUUCUACUGCUCCUGCCACAGCAGAAAGGGGGAAGGCUUUGGAUAGGGAAAAAAGAAAAGAGUUCUGGAAAACUGUCAAAGAAACAGAAGCUGCAACGGCCAACUGACAAAAAGGAGAUCGAAUUGCCCGGCCCGUGUCUUCCCUACACAGAUCUUGACCCACCCAGCGCAAGCUGCCUCUUCUCCGUCAGUGCAUGCGAGAGAAAGAGAGUCACACAAACAAAGGUCCACCGCAGGCAUAAAAAACGUAUAUAUGUGUGGAGAUGCGUCCAUGUACAGAUAGACUACCGGGACGGAUCGCACUUCAAAGGAGAGAAACAUUUCGACGUCUCUUGAUGGAAGUAUGGAAUCGGGUAGGACCGUGAAUCAACCCUGGGGAUCCAGUUCGAUGUUCCUGGAAUCAUCGAAGAAAGCGGAUGCGCGUCGUUCAGGAGGGUGAAUAUUUCGGUUAAAGAAAAGUUCCUUCCCGCAAACACAGAGAGGCCAGCAUGGGAAGAGGAGAAAAGAAACGCAUGUACUGAUAUUUAGCGCUUCUCGAAAGUUAAGGAUCCGGGUCCUCAUCUCUUCAACCAUUCCGAGUUCGGGGUAUCACUCUUUUUUUGUGUGGAGUUGCUAGAUGAACGACUUAUUUCUCAAGUGGUUUCCUCUACUCCACACUAUAC